AUGCUCCUUCGUUUGGAGAAACGGUUCGGUAGCGACGCGAAACUCAAGGAGGCUUACUCGAGCUUCCUUCGUGAAUAUCGUGAACUCGGGCACAUGCGUCGCGCUAUCAAUACACCUGAAGACAAUUCCCGCGUGUUUUAUCUUCCCCAUCACGGUGUAGUUCGCGACAGCAGUUCAACAAUAAAGUUGCGUGUCGUGUUCAACGGGUCUCAAAGAACCAACCUCGGACUCUCUCUCAAUGACAAUCUUCUCGUCGGUCCAAAAGUGCAAACCGACCUCGCGGACGUUCUCUUACGCUGGCGACAAUAUCCAGUCGCGUUCUCAUCAGACAUCGUCAAGAUGUACCGACAAAUUUUGGUCCACAAUGAUGACCAAGAUUUUCAGCGAAUCCUCUGGAGGGAAGAACCAGAGCUACCGAUUGAAGAAUAUCAACUGACUACGGUAACGUAUGGUCUUGCAAGCGCUCCAUAUCUCGCGAUCCGUGUUCUUCAUCAACUCGUUCAGGACGAAGGUAAGCAGUAUCCCUUUGCGAGCCACGUCAUUCUCGAGAACACGUACGUCGACGACAUCCUCUCAGGAGCAGAGGACGUUGAUCAAGGUCGCGAGAAAAUAAACGAACUCAAUCAAUUGCUCAAGGCGGGCGGCUUUGAACUUCAAAAGUGGACUUCAAGCCACCCAGAAACUCUCGUUGACAUUUCUCGAAACCAUCAAGAGAUCGCGAUGCAUCUGAAUCUCGAUCAAAGUCCAUUCUUUCGGGCUCUCGGUCUUGCGUGGAGACCAGACAUCGACGCGUUCGCGUUCUCUCCGCAAAUUCAUCAAACUCGGGACAAUUUCACGAAACGAAAAGUUCUCUCACAAACCGCGCAGCUCUUUGAUCCUCUCGGAUGGCUCUCGCCGAUCACGAUCAGAGCCAAAAUCUUUAUGCAGGAAUUGUGGGCACUCGGUUUCGACUGGGACGAGCCGCUCUCAGCUUCAUUGUCCUCGCGAUGGAUCGAGUUUCUACAAGAUCUUCAAGGCAUCUCAGCUAUCACCAUCCCACGAUGUAUCGGGUUAAGUUCAGCAUCUCUCGGGAUAGAGAUCCACGGUUUCGCGGACGCCUCUCAAAGUGCAUUAGGCGCAGUGAUCUACGCGCGAACGUAUAUCAACACUCACGAAGUGCGCGUUUCACUAGUGUGCGCGAAAACUAAAGUAGCACCGCUAAAGAAGGUGACAAUUCCUCGUCUCGAACUCUGUGCUGCGAAUCUUCUCGUCCGGUUGAUGUGUCAUGUGGAAAAGACUCUUAAUUUCGAAAACACCCCGGUUUAUCUGUGGACGGAUUCCACAGUCGCGCUCGCGUGGAUCAAAAGCCACCCAUCGCGGUGGAAGGAAUUCGUUCGUAAUCGCGUAACGAAAAUCCAAGAGUUCGCGCGCGCUCGUUGGUAUCACAUCUCGGGUUUUGAAAACCCCGCUGAUCUUGCGUCUCGUGGUGCAUCUCCGGAGCAACUCCAAAAAUCAGAACUUUGGACCUUCGGACCAUCGUGGCUCUCGAAGCCUUCUGUCAAUUGGACAUCCUUAUCUCCGCGACUGGAAGAAAACAUUCAUCUCGAGGAAAGAAAAGGGCUGUCGACGCACAUCGCAACAGCUAAGCCGCUACAAAUCUGGGAUCUCGUCGAUCGCUACUCAAAACUAUCGACUCUCCUCAAAGUCACAUCAUUGUGUAAACGCGCAGCAAAUCGGUUCCUCGCGAAGACGACAUCGAAUCGCGUAAACACGUCUAUCACUGUCGGACCAAUCUCUACUCUCGAAUUGAGCGACGCUCAACUGUUUUGGACCAAGGUGACCCAGCAGGCGUACUUUGCAGAAGAAAUUCACCAAAUCGAGACAAGCUCAAGUCUCACUCGAAGUCAUCCACUAUCGCGACUCACGCCGUUCAUCGAUUCGAACGGAUUCCUCAGAGUCGGUGGUCGACUGAAUCACUCAUUGCUUUCGUAUGACGAAAAGCACCCGUUCAUCUUGCCUCGCGAAUCAUCGUUCUCCAUAUUGAUCAUCGAUCAUCAUCAUCGGUUGACGCUCCACGGAGGUCCGCAACUCACUCUCGCUACAAUCCGACAGCGGUACUGGAUCCUGGGAGGAAGAGUACCGAUCCGCAUGUUCAUACAUCGUUGCGUUCCUUGUGCGCGUCAUCGCGCUACCCUCAGCAGCCAACAGAUGGGCCAACUCCCUUAG